AUGGCGGACGCAGAAGAGAAAGCAAAGGCGGAGAAAAUAGCUGCUGCGAAGAAACGUGUCGAGCAGAUGAAAAAGAAGCAGAAAAAAGCAGGGGCAAAGAAGGAGGAUAAAGAUAAACCCGCGUCUCCUGCUGCGGAAAGCUCCAAAGCCGAAGAUACAGCGACCAGCCCGUCAGCAGAGGCAGCCGCCCUGGAUGCGACAGAAUCAACAGGAGAUGAAUCCAAGGCGGCAACUACAGAGGGGGACAAGGCAAAGGAUAAAGGUGCCGAGGAAACAAUUUCAGAGCUUAAUCCAGCCAAGUCGCAUCAGCGGCAGCCUUCCCUAUCCCUCCAGUCGAAGAUGCGGUCCUCGUCCUUUAGACAGGGCUCAGUAUCAGGAGCGCCCCUCUCUCCGAACUUUGGGUUCUCCCCCGAUGGAGACACGGCACCUGAUAUUUACCGUAAACAAGCGAUAAGGAUUGAGGAGUUGGAGAAGGAGAAUAAGCGGUUAGCGAAGGACGCUGUUGAUGGAGAGAAGAGAUGGAAAAAAGCUGAGGAAGAGCUCGAUGAGCUGCGGGAGGCGGAGGAUGACUCCAAGUCAAAAGAGAAGGGAGCAUCUCCUGCCGAAGGAUCAUCAAAAGAAUUGGAAAAGCUGAGGACGGAAAACACGGCUCUUCAACGCCAGAAUACACAACUACAAGCGCAAUCCUCCAGGGCUACACGGCAUGGCUCUUCUCCUUCGGUAUCCGUAAAUGCGCCAGCAGACUACGAAGCUGCCCUAGCAUCUAAAUCCUCGACGAUUGAAUCUAUGGAGAUAGAGAUAUCUAACCUCCGAGCUCGCCUCGACAAAGUCAACUCCGGUGCAUCUGUUAAGGAACAAAUUGCUGCCUUGGAGGAGAAGCUAUUGAGGAGUGAACGAGCAGCAGUUGUUGCACAGCGGGAACUAGGCGACCUCAAGAAAAACUUAGAUCGGACGACUGAGAAAGCAGUUAAGGAGGGUAGCGAACGUAUCUCAGCGGAAACAAAGCUGCGGACAUUGGAGCGCGAAGGAGUGGAAACCAAGUCACAUAGCGACGAACUUCAGAAGAAGGUGGAGGCAUUAGAGAAGAAGGUGGCCACUCUUGCGACUUUGCACAAAGAACACGACGCCCGGUUCCAAGCUCAAAAGAAAGAGCGCGAGAAGGCGGAGAAGGAUGCAUCAGAUCUCAGAACUCGACUUGGCGGUCUCGAGAAUGAGAACCUUCGAUUACGGGAUGAGAGAGAACGCGCACGGAAACGUGAUGCUGAAGGCAUUGACGAUGAUGGCGUUGAUGAACUUGAGAACGAAGAACGCCAGCGGCUGGAGAAGAAGGUCCGCGAGCUAGAGGCAGAAGUACAUGAGCUUCGUCGAGGCGUUUGGCGGGAGCGCAGAAAAGAACUCGAAGGGGAGAGUCCCGGGACCAAGUUUACGGAUGUCGAUCUCGGAGGCAGCAUCCCUCCUGGCAGAAGGAGCGUUGCGCAUGGUGGGAAGGGGCUUGGAGAUCUCAUUACCAGCGGUAUAAAUGUCAUCACAGGAGCCACGGCUGCAGGUGAUGAGGGGUUGUUGGAGGAUGACGAGGACAUGGACUUUGAUGAGGAUGCCUUCAAACAGGCCCACGAAGAGGAAGCUAAGAAGCAGCUCGAGAGAGUCAAGGAAAUCAAGAGGGGUCUGAAAAACUGGGAGGGAUGGCGAUUGGAUCUUGUGGAGAAUAGACGGGGUGGUGGUGAAGGAAUAGGCGAGAUCUUUGAAAUCUGA